AUGGCUAAGAAGACUCAAGACAGACAGGAGUAUCAGGAUGCCUCGGAAAGUAUAGACGAGCAUGAACCCGAUGAUUUACAGCAGAUCAUCAUGGCAUUGAAGCUGUUGACGGAGCGAGUCAAGGGCAGGCGGCCAGGACCGUUUCGCGUGGUGCAAGGAGCCGACAAUAGCGAGGCAUGGAAAGAUUUCAAAGAAGCCUUCGACGACUACGCUUUCGUCGAGGAACUCUUCAGAGAAUGUCCAAAAAAGCAGAUAGCGAUCUUCAGAGCAUGCUUUGGUGAUCACAAUCGGCAACUCUUGCGGAGCUUGAACCUGGGAGAAAUUCAAGCAAACGACAGCAGUGUCGCCGCCGACACCCCGUGCGAAACACUGAGCAGAAUGAUCAGCAAGCUAGAUGAAAUGUUCGCACCGCACGAGAACAUAUAUUUUCGCCGACACCAAUUCACGAAACUCAAGCAAGGUGAAGGCGAAUCCGUUGCCGAUUUCGUGAGUCGAGUCAUGAAAGCGGUCAAAUUAUGCAAAUUCGCUUCUGAUCCGGAAAUUAUCACCAACCAGCUAAUCAGCGGCACCAGCCUCGAAGCUGCCCGAAGAAUCAUAUUCGAAGCGGAUGUCAACAAAGAAUGGACUAUCGAGAAAGUUGUCGCAACGAUGAAACAGACAGAGGCCAACAAAGAGCACUUACCAACAUUCCGGAGCGCGGAAUCAGGAAGUGGAGACCAGAUUCAACAGUUAUUAAGCAGAAGCUUCGAAAACAAAUCGAGAUAUCCGCAUCGAAAGCAACCCCCUGAGCAUCGGAGGCGUGAAGCUCCGCAACCGGCGUCCAUCAGACGGACUUGCGCUUUCUGCGGCAGUCAACACCCUCCGCGGAAGUGCCCGGCGUACGGACACCGAUGUCAAAAAUGCAAAAAAGCGAACCACUUCGAAUUGGUCUGCAGAUCGGGCAGAUCCCCACAGCAGCUACAUCUCCUCGAAGAAGAAACGGACCUCGGAAAUAACUUCGAAUAUCCCAUCGAAAUCGAAGACUACAACACAGAUCACGACAUUUUCGCCAUCAAGAACAAAAACGCGAAAGGAAACAAAUUUUUCGCGUCGUUAAAAUUGUCAAAUGGCACUCAACUCCGAGUUCAAGUCGACUCUGGAGCGACGAUCUCUGCGAUGAGUUUCGAGAACUACGAAAAAAUCCUAGAAUCGAACGGAGUUGAGGCAACUCUAGACAAAAGGCAAGCAACAUCUCUGAAAGUGUACAACAAUAUGUACGAAGCAUCAAUGGGAAAAUUCAUUUUAAGCUGCGAGUUCGAUGGGCGUAAAUAUCGAGUUCCAUUCCAUGUGAUUGAAAACAAGGUCGACACAGUGCUCUCCGGAGUUUCGGCAGUCAAGAUGAAUAUCAUCAAAUUUCAUCGAGGCGUCCAGUCUGCAUUCAAGAUCGACACGGUGAAAUCAGCGAAAGAAAGACUGCUGGAAGAAUACGGAGACGUAUUUGAAGGACUCGGACGCAUAGAACCACCGGUCAGAAUUGAAAUCGAUCCCACGGCAAGACCAGUUCAAGCCGCCCCGAGAAGACCGGCGGUGGCUACAAGAGAAGCUUUUGUGAAGCGCAUCAAGCUCAUGGAAAGAGACGGCAUCAUUAAAAAAGUUGAUCAUACCACGGACUGGAUCUCAAACGCUGUAGUUGUGUCUAAGUCAGACGGCAGCGUGAGAGUGACAUUAGAUCCGGCGGAACUCAACAAGGCCAUCAGGCGGCCGCGAUACUCGAUGCCAACCUUAGAAGAUCAUCUCCCAAUGCUGUCCCGUGCCAAAUGGUUCACAAUAUGCGAUGCCAAAGACGGAUUCUUUCAACUCCCACUUCACGAAGAAUGCACCGACCUGACGACCUUCUGGACCCCUAUCGGUCGGUACAAAUACCUUCGCAUGCCGCAAGGAAUUUCCUCGGCGCCGGAGGAAUAUCAGCAAAGACAGGUAGCGGCGUAUGAUGGCCUCAAAGGCUGUCUGGUCGUUGCAGAUGACACCUUGGUUUAUGGUGUCGGAGAAACGGACCAGGAGGCAAAAGAGGAUCAUGAUCGAAAUCUCAGAAGCCUGUUCCAAAGAGCUAGAGCGGUGGGACUGAGAUUCAACCCACGCAAACUCCAAUUCUGUCUUCGGGAAGUGCGAUACAUGGGACAUUUAAUCUCAAACAAUGGAGUCAGAUCUGAUCCGGCGAAGGUGAAAGCAAUUCUGGAGAUGGAGCGGCCGCAAGAUAAAAAAGCAGUGGAACGGUUUCUGGGGAUGGUUAACUACCAUCUUCCAUUCAUACCUCAACUAUCUGAACUCACCGCUCCGUUAAGAGACAUCGUCAAGAAAGAUAACCAGUUCACCUGGAUGUCAAAUCAAGAAGACGCGUUCAUAAAAAUCAAAAAGCGACUCGCUGAAUCACCGACGUUAGCGUACUUCGACGUGAACAAACCGGUCGUAAUCCAAACGGAUAGCUCAGAUCUAGGAGUUGGAGCCGUCAUGCUCCAGGACAACAAGCCGAUAAACUACUUCUCGCAUGCGUUGUCGGAGGCAGAAAAAGGAUACGUGGCCAUGGAAAAAGAAACCCUGGCCAUCGUCGCCUGCUGUCUCCGCUGGGACCACUUACUAUACGGAAAAAAAGACAUCACGAUCGAAACAGAUCACAAGCCUUUAGUUCGGAUAUUCGAGAAACCACUAAAAAAAUGUCCAAAACGUCUACAGCGCAUGCGCUUGGCGCUCCAGAGGUACAAUCUCAAGCUCCGAUACAUUCCGGGAUCCACAAACAUUAUCGCAGAUACGUUGAGCCGUUCGCCCCUACAGGACGCAUCGGGCACAACACCCAAAGAAUCAAUGUACCGAUUAGAACUGAGUACGAUCAAAGUUCACGACGGAACGGAAAUUUCCGACCCAGUCCUGGAAGAAAUUCGACGGCAUACGAAAGAAGACAGCGAAUGCAUGCAGCUCAUACAAAGGAUUCAAAACAACGAGCCCAUCGAUGGGGUUCUUGGUUCGUUCAAAGAUGAUCUUCGUGUCGACCACAGCAUCAUAUUCAUCGGACAAGCUUGUUUCAUUCCGAAGAGCCUGCGGAGAGAUAUGCUUCAGAGAUGCCACAAAUCACAUUUGGGCUUCGAGGCAACCUUUCGGCGAGCUCAGAAUGUGAUAGCGUGGCCAGGACUAAAGAACGACAUCAAGACAAUGGUCGAAGCCUGCCACUCGUGUCAAACUUUCCUCACCAGGCAACCAAGAGAAAAACUCAUCAGCGGGGAGAUCCCCCAACAUCCUUGGGACGUCAUACACCAAGAUCUGUUCGAAUGGCAAGGCCAACAAUACGUGGUCACGGUGGAUGGAUACAGUGAUUAUUUCCACCUUUCAAAACUAGGUCGGACGGCGACAACCAAUCAGGUGCUCGAAGUCACCAAAGGGCUCGUCGCCGCGUAUGGACGUCCGAGGAGACUGAGAACGGACAGCGAUCCCAGGUAUCUAUCAAGCGCAUUCCAAGAUUUCCUAAAACAAUGGAAAAUACAACAUGAAUGCAGUUCGCCGCACUUCCACUCAAGCAACGGCAAAGCAGAAUCAGCAGUCAAAAUAGCGAAGCGAAUGGUCAAGAAAACCGCACUGGAAGGAUCUGAUCUCGAGCUAGCAUUGUUAGAAUGGCGUAACACCCCCCAGAGAGACGGUCUAUCUCCGGCACAAAAGUUUCUGUGUCGAAGAACACGAUCGUUAUUGCCCACGGAACCAGCGGCGCUGUUGCCACGAGUACCGAAAAACGUCAAAGAACACAUAGAGCAACGCAGGAAAGAACAAAAAACCCAUCACGACAAAGGGGCGAUCGAUUUACCUCCGCUUCACGUGGGCGACAGAGUGAGAAUUCAACCGCUCAGUUUUGAGAAAAAAUGGGAGGCGGGAGAGAUCUCCAAGGUUCUAGACAACAGAGCUUACUGCGUCCGUCAGGGUAAUGGCAAUGUAGUAGUUAGAAAUCGGCGUCAUCUCAGGAAAGUUCCGGAACAAGACACCGACACCCAUCAGACGCCAGCUCAGCAAAUCCGAACAAGCCCGUUAACCUUCUGUGUGCCUUUCCCGAGACUUCGUAGACGCAAAACGCUCUAUCGGAACACAAACGCCUCAAUAGAGACAGAAACUCUCAACACCCCGUUGGAAAACACCUCCAUGGCCCGACCAGAAGAAGGUAAUCCAGGAACGGUCGGCAGCUCCAGCGGACCAAUUGGCGAAAAUGACGCUUGCGAAGAUAUGGCUAUGAGUGGCAUCGAAAUCAUGGAUCUCAGCGACGACGAACAAGAGCCAUUGUUAACAGUCGGCCGGAAGAGGGCACGGGAAACCCCGCGGGAAACACCCAUGUCAUCGAAGAAAAUCAAAAAUCGG